UGAACACCGAGGAGACAGACGAGGGAACAGAUAAUCGAGACGACAACAACAAUGGCCUUUUCUCCCAACCCUCUCUCUCUAAGCGUCCCCGAUCCUGCUUUCGAAUCUUGGCUCCGUGACUCCGGCUACCUCGACCUCCUCGACCACCGUACCUCCGCCGCAGCAUCCGCCGCCGCCGCCCCCGCAGCCUCAUCCUCCUCCUCCUCAGCCCCCGCCGCACCUUCUUCCGCCUCCGACGACGUCGUCUCCUCUAUAACCAACGGCUUCUUCGCCUCUUUAUUGACUCGUCUCGUCACCGUCUCGUCUCUUCUGACAAUCAACCCUUUCUCAAAGCUCUCCGCCGAUGACUUCUCAGGCGAUACGCCGCCGUGGACCACGGGGUUCUUCGGGGCGUGUGACUCUUACUCGUUCCCGGCGGCUUCUCAGCAGGCGAGGAUGAGGGUUCAUGAGAAUGUCAAGAGAUUCGCUAGGAAUUACGCUACCUUGUUCAUUGUCUUCUUCGCCUGUGCAUUAUAUCAGAUGCCACUUGCAUUGGUGGGGUUGUUAGCAAGUUUAGCACUUUGGGAGCUGUUCAAGUACUGUAGUGACAGGUGGAAGUUUGAUCGUCACCCUUCUGCUCGGAAACUCGUGAUUGGUAUUGGACAGUGUGCUACUGCGGUUCUUCUGACGUUUUUGAAUGUCCAAAUGGCUCUUUUCUCUGCUCUUGCGGUCAGUUAUUCAGUUAUGCUAUUACACGCCGGGUUCAGGAAGCUCACUCCCUCCAAGAAAACAUCUCGGGGAAGAUAAAGACCAAUAGUUUUGGAUUUUACAGUGAGAUUCUUUAGUAGUUUUUGGUAGCUCAAACAAGGCGAGAGACAAACAACAACUACAACAGCAGAAGCAAAGCUAGGUGGUAGAUUAAGAAAGUGUGAAUGUUAGACUUCGACUCAAAUCACACAUUUGUAAUAAGUAACAAGAGAAAGUUUUAUGAUGAAUUGUGAGAAUAUAGAUUUUACACUACAACUUGCUCUAUAUUACUUUAUAUCUCUUUUCUACAUAAUUUGAGGUAUGUCUUAGCAUCAUCGGC